UAAACCACGCCCAGCCGCCGGCACUCAAAGCUUUGCCGGGUGACAAAUGGAGCGCACCCUGAAAGUAUAUUAAGGGAAAUGAUUUCGCAAUUUCUUUUCUUUAAUAUAGAAAUUAUGUGACACUUUGGGAGCUUUACAUUAGCUUUUUUUAAGGAUCCGCCUAUAUAUAAGGAGUUACAUUUGUGUUUGUUUCAAGCCUUUUUUCUAGAACAUCUGAGGUAUUUUUAGCAAGGUUGCUAAGGUUAGCAGCUAAUAUUUACCCCAUGUUUGGAUGUUUUUUUGUUUUAGAUGGGUGGGGGGCGGGAUCUCUUGCUUCACUUUAAAGCUUGUUAACAGUAAAACCUAAACGUUUACGAGCGUUUUAGCCCGUGUUUUCCUGCCAGUUCUGAGCUGGAGUUAGCUACAGCUAGCCGCUCCGCGCGAGGCAGAGAUAAAGAGAAGUCUGAAGUGACAAAAAAAAAAAAAAAAUAAUAAUCAGAUUAUAUGGAAAGCAGGUGAGGUCAUGCCUGGUGUUUUGUCAGUGUUGCCCAACGGUCCUGUUCUAACGGCAGCUAGCAGGUCCCGCUAGCAUCAGAUAGAAUCAUGCCUGGGAUGGUGGUGUUCGGGAGGCGCUGGGGGAUCGCCAGCGAUGAUCUGGUCUUCCCCGGUUCCUUCGAGCUGCUGCUCCGUGUAAUUUGGUGGAUUGGCACCAUGAUCCUGUUCACCUCUCAUAAGGGUCACUUUGAUUGUAACGGCAGAGCAGUUCUCCACACCUACCUGGUUGGACUGCUGGUUGUGCUGGGCUUCAUCAUCCUGUCACUGUGGGCCAUUGUUUAUGUCAGUGCCCAAGGCACUAUUACAAAUCCCGGAGCGCGGCGCUCCAUGCCCGCCCUGGUGUACCUGCGAGCUGUGCUUUACAUCCCUGAGUUCGUUUGGGCCUGUCUGGGAGCCGUCUGGGUGUCUGAUGACAGCCGCGGUUGUGAUCUAGCUACUGUGGGUGCAGUCAUCGCCGCUGUGGUCACCAGCUGGAUCAUCCUGCUGUUCACAGGGCUGGGUGUAGUUUUCGUCUUCGACCCGAUUGGCAGCCCCCGUCCUCAGCCGGGGCCCGUGGAGCCGCUGGGAGUGCGGGACAUGGAGAGCAGCGAAAGCAGCCAGUUCCUGUCCACAGCGCGCUCUCUGGCCACCAGGGUGUGGGAGUGCAGACUGCGGCUGCUGUGCUGCUGUCUGCCGCAGGACGAGAGCCACCGAGCGGCUUUCUCCAGCAUCUCGCAGCUCUUCAGCGACUUCUUCUCUGACACAGACCUGGUUCCCAGCGACAUUGCAGCCGGGUUGGCUCUGCUGCACCAGGAGCAGGAUAAGAUGGAGCGCAGCACAGACCCAGAGGAGAUCCUCAGCCACAGCCCUUCCUCUCCGAUUGACGAAGAUCUGCAGACAGAGUUGGAGAAAGCGGCCCACUGCAUGCAAUUCGCAGCUGCCGCUUACGGCUGGCCGCUGUACGUCUUCUCCUACCCCUUUACGGCACCCUGCAAACUCAGCGGAGACUGCUGCAGAACCCGGGCUGCUGAGUAUGACAUCGUCGGAGGGGACCACCUUGGCUGCCAUUUUUCCUCCAUCCUGGAAACCACGGGUCUGCAGUACAGAGAUUUUAUACAUGUCAGCUUCCACAACCAGAUAUACGAGAUCCCGUUUUUUGUGGCUUUGGAUCAUAAGAGGGAAGCCGUUGUGGUGGCUGUCAGGGGAACGCUUUCACUGAGGGAUGUUCUGACCGACCUGUCUGCUGAAUGUGAAAACCUGCCUGUUGACGGAGUGUCUGGAGCUUGCUAUGCUCACAAGGGCAUGUGCCAGGCUGCGGGCUACAUCUACAAGAAGCUCAUCAACGAUGGCAUCCUGAGCCAGGCGUUCUCCAUCGCCCCGGAGUAUAAACUGGUCGUCACUGGUCACAGUCUGGGAGCCGGAACAGCCGCCCUGUUGGCCAUCCUGCUGCGCCCUUCCUUCCCCAGCCUGCAGUGCUACUCGUUCUCUCCACCAGGGGGCCUCCUGAGUAAAGCUUUGGCAGAUUACUCCAAGGACUUUGUGGUGUCUGUAAUUUUGGGGAAGGACCUGGUUCCCAGGCUGAGCAUCCCCAACAUGGAGGACCUGAAGAGACGCAUACUGAAAAUAGUCACCAACUGCAAUAAGCCCAAAUACCGCAUCCUGCUGCAGGGCUGUUGGUACGAGCUGUUUGGAGGAGACCCAGACGACUUCCCUACAGAGAUGGACAGCAGGAGGGAGGAGCAGCUCAAUCAGCCGCUGCUGGGGGAGGAGUCUCUGAUCGUCCGCCACUCCUCAUCCUAUCACAGCCUGGCGUCGGAUGACUCCCCGGUUCACACGGCGACGCACUUGCCGCUGUUCCCACCAGGUCGCAUAUUGCACAUCACAGAGGACGGGCCAUCAAGGAGAUCCUGCUUUUCUGAAGUGCGUUACCGUGCCGACUGGUCCAGCGAAUCGAAGUUCCAGAGCAUCCUGAUCAGCCCCAGGAUGCUGGUGGAUCACAUGCCGGACGCCGUGCUCCGGGCCCUGAACAGUCUGUGCAGCGAAGACCCCUCCCCCCUCUGCCCGUCGUCGCUGAACAGCAAUCCGCACGUUUCUAUGUGAGCAGCGCCGAGCCAGGCCUUCCUCUUCAAA